AGGCUAAUCACAGGGAAACUCAAAGAGUGGGAAGUGAUUGUUGCUAAGGAUGCCAAAAGUACAAAGUCUAAAAUUAACUCAUAAACAAGGUGACAAAGCUGUAGACUGAAGAACCUUGGGCCGGCUGAUGACAAGUAAACUGUUCAGUAAUUGAGUCUGCCCUCUGCAGUGUGGCACUUCAGUCUUGAUUCUGCUAGUGCUAAGCAAUGGAUGUGAAAUCGCACACACUCUCGCAUCGAGCUGAAGUGUUUAGGUCCAAGCUCAUAGAAAACUUCCAAAUUAUUGAGAGCCUCAGUGAGCAGGGAAUAAAGAAAGUCCCUGUAUACACCUCUGCUGACAUAACUAAUACUUGUAUCUUGGACAAAGUACUUCUUGAGAACCCCGAGCAGACGAUAAAAUUUAAGACGUACCAGCGUGAUAAGAUCGAAGAGGUCAACAACGUUGUUGACCGCAGACUCAUCCGUGUCAAGAAUCAAAAUAAACUGCCUCUGGGCGUCUGGGCCUUGUGGGUCGUGGAGAACAGAAAGUUUCAGAACAUGCUGUUAAUUCUCAUCAUUCUAAACGGCAUCUCUAUAGGCAUUGAAGGAGAGCUGCCAGUGACGAAUGAUAUUGGGAUUGCACUUUUAAGGAUGCUCUUGAACUUCAUUGAUUCAUUCUCAGUGAUUGUGUUCACCGCUGAAAUUGUUUUGAAGUGGAUGGAUAACUUUAGAGGAUUCUGGAAGAACCCAUGGAAUAUUUUUGAUUUUGUUGUGACAGUUGUUAGUGCAGUUCCUCUAAUUAUAAUGUUGCUCACUAAUGACAGAACCUCUCAAUUUGCCAUUGUUACAGAGCAGCUCGCCGUCUUCAGGAUUAUUAGGGCUCUGAAAAUGAUUGCUCAGUUUGGUAGCCUCAGGAUCAUUGUACUGACAGUGUUGAAAGCGUUUAAGUCAUUGGUGUUUAUUGGAAUUCUUCUCUUCGUGGUAACCUACAUCUUUGCUAGCGCUGGAGUAAUCUUUUUUGAAGCCUACACGAUGUCACAGAGAACAGACCUACGAUAUCCUCGCAGCUUCAGUUCCUUGGUGGAUGCCACCAUAACGCUGUUUCAACUCUUCACUCUGGACCAGUGGUAUAGGAUCUAUAAUGAUCUUAUCAAGGUCAUCCACCCAGCUUUUGCCUGCACCUACAUCCUUCUGUGGGUCUGGAUAGGAGCAUUCUUGUUUAGAAACCUCUUUGUUGGAAUAAUGGUGAAUAAUUUCCAGAACAUAACUGAAGAGUUAACUCGUAAGCAAGAGAAUAUGGAUCACAACGAGGAGCUUGCAAGAAUGAAAGAAGAACUCAAUACUGAAUUGACUAUGCAUGAUUCAAAAAUGACCAACGCCAGAAGGUCUAUAUUUGUUCCAAAAGCAUCUUCUAGUCAUUUAGCUGGCAGCUCCAGUACAGUUGAAAGUGGGGGAGGAGCUGAGUUAAGAGAGCAGAUCAGCCAAAUGAUGCAUGCGGAAAAAAGGAUUUCUGCUGGAUGGGAUAAAACUGUGCGCUCACAUCUAAUGGCUCUCUCUUGCAACCCAGUUGAAACAUUGUGGCCUCGAGAGACAUUGUUCAGGUAUUACCAGGUAAUGGAGCUUCUAGUCGAGAAUCUGGACGAGUAUGAUAAACUUCAAAAGCUUGCAAAUGACUGCCUGGUUAAUCUUCAUGACAGUAAGCCCUGAAAGAACUUGUACAUGUACUCCAACUAACUAACUAACUACUUCAGUGGUUACCCUAUGAUCAGUUUAUAAUUAUGGUGUGUAUGAUGGGAAGGCGUGGCUCAGCUGCGCAUGCGCACUAAGAAUG